GUUAUGCGCAGUGUGGAAGCACAAAGGCGACUCCAUAUUAGUGGUAGGCGGUUGCCGUGCAAUAAAAAGUUAGUUUUUGUUUCGGAAGGUGUUGCAGGAUUGUGACGUUGUGUUGUAGAUUAGAAACGAAAUAAAUUACUUGCUGGUUUGGGUACGGUUGCUCCGCGGCGCUCGACGAAUAAAUCGGCGCCUUGUUAACCUAUAUUAUACCUACAACGGCCGUGUGACCAUAUACAGUGUAUUUAUUUUUCUAACUUAAAUCUUGUUAUUCCUUUAAUUAAGUAAUAUGGCUUCGAUAACCUUGUUAUAGUAAUUAGAUUAAACUUAAUACAUAGGGAAUAUAAGAACAAAUUAGUGGUUUGAAAUUGAGUACCACACCCAGCAAACCGCGAUGGACGUUCUUCAAAGAACUAUAAAUUAUCUAUAAGUGCAUUCAGUGUUAAUUAAUUGUGGAUGGUAACGAGGUCGAGCCUCGAUUUUUGUGCCGAGCAUGACCAUGGCGUGCUGUCAGUCGGACGAGGUUAGGGAGCAAAAGCGUAUUAACCAAGAAAUAGAGAAGCAAUUACGGCGUGAUAAAAGAGAUGCACGUCGAGAACUCAAAUUGUUGUUGCUGGGCACAGGAGAAUCGGGAAAAUCAACAUUUAUCAAACAGAUGCGAAUUAUUCAUGGGGCCGGUUAUUCAGAUGAAGAUAAAAGAGGAUUUAUUAAGCUUGUGUUCCAAAAUAUUUUUAUGGCCAUGCAAAGUAUGAUUCGCGCUAUGGAUUUGUUGAAAAUUCAAUACAUAGAAUCUUCUAGCAGUGAAAAAGCCGAUUUGAUUCGUGGGAUUGACUACGAAACUGUUACCACAUUUGAAAACCCCUAUGUUGAUGCCAUCAAGGAUUUGUGGAGCGAUGGAGGCAUACAAGAAUGUUACGAUCGACGCCGUGAAUAUCAGUUGACAGAUUCUGCCAAAUA